AACUCGUGUAAGAAAGUGUAAAAAGUGCUUCAAUUUGUUGAGGAAUAUUCAAUUUUACAAUAACACCUAUUACUAAGUAUAUAAGGCUGCAGUGCAACAAAAAUACACACACACACACACACAAAAUAGUGCAAACAUGGCGCAAAGUAAUUGUGGAAAGAGUUGCUCAAAAAUAAAUAAUGAAACCGACAACAUUUGCUGCACUGUUGAAAAUGCAACAGCUGUCAAGGGCAACAAAUUGAAAGUGUUUCCCAACAAGAUUUACAAAUCUGUUCAAGCAAAGGGUCCGGAUGUCACGGGCAUGACCUGUGAGUGCGGCGUAUUCGGAGCCAUUGCCUGCGGGGACUAUCCAACGCAGCUCGAUAUUGCGCAGAUGAUUUGCCUCGGCAUGGUGGCCCUGCAGCAUCGCGGUCAGGAAUCAGCUGGUAUUGUGACGAGUCAGGGGAAGAGCUCCAAGAAUUUCAGUGUACACAAGGGCAUGGGCAUGAUCAACAAUUUGUUCAACGAUGAGGCCAUAAAAAAGCUAAAAGGCAACCUCGGCAUUGGACACACACGCUACAGCACAGCCGCCGCCUCCGAGGUGGUCAAUUGCCAGCCCUUUGUGGUGCACACAGCCCAUGGGGCCCUGGCCAUUGCCCACAACGGUGAGUUGGUUAAUUGCGAGUCGCUGAGACGCGAGGUGCUGGAGCGGGGCGUGGGACUGUCCACACAUAGUGACAGUGAGCUGAUUGCCCAAUCGCUGUGCUGUGCCCCAGAGGAUGUGUCGGAGCAUGAUGGUCCAAAUUGGCCGGCACGCAUACGCCACUUCAUGACACUGGCCCCGCUAUCCUACUCAUUGGUGGUCAUGCACAAGGACAAGAUCUAUGCCGUGCGUGAUUCCUAUGGCAAUCGGCCGCUCUGUCUGGGCAAGAUUGUGCCCGUCGAUGCGGGCCACACAAAUAUCGGGGAGACUCGUGCGGAAGGAUGGGUGGUUUCGAGCGAAAGCUGCGGUUUCCUGUCCAUUGGCGCCAGGUAUGUGCGUGAGGUGGAGCCUGGCGAGAUUGUGGAGCUCUCACGCAAUGGCUAUCGCACCGUGGACAUUGUGGAGCGUCCGGACUACAAGCGCAUGGCCUUCUGCAUCUUCGAGUAUGUUUAUUUUGCGCGCAGCGACUCCAUGUUCGAGGGUCAAAUGGUCUACUCGGCGCGACUCCAAUGCGGUCGUCAGUUGGCGCGUGAGUUCCCAAUAGAGGCGGACAUUGUCAGCUCAGUGCCCGAGUCCGGUACAGCGGCGGCUCACGGCUAUGCCCGCGAAUCGGACGUACCAUUUGGAGAAGUGCUCUGCAAGAAUCGCUAUGUGGGUCGCACGUUCAUUCAACCCUCGAAUCGCCUGCGAAAGUUGGGCGUGGCCAAGAAGUUUGGCGCUCUGGCCCAGAAUGUGGAGGGCAAGCGAAUUGUGCUCAUCGAUGAUUCGAUUGUGCGUGGCAAUACUAUUGGACCGAUCAUCAAAUUGCUGCGUGAUGCGGGCGCCACCGAAGUACAUAUACGUAUUGCCAGUCCGCCGCUUCAAUAUCCCUGCUAUAUGGGCAUCAAUAUACCCACAAGAGAGGAGCUUAUUGCCAACAAACUCAAUGCCGAUCAGUUGGCCGAGCAUGUGGGUGCUGAUAGCUUGGCAUAUCUGAGCGUUGAGGGUCUGAUCAAGGCCGUACAGAUGAACAAGGCUGAUGUGAAUCCCAUCAAGUCCGGCUACUGCACCGCUUGUCUCACUGGCGAGUAUCCGGGCGGUCUGCCCGAGGAGUUAAGCUGGUAGCUGGCAGCUGGUAGCUAGUAGAAAUGCAGACAAAGUCUCGUUUUAGUUUAGGAUUAGCUCUUAGUUGGCGUUACUUAUAAGCACAUAAUAUAAUAUGUAUGUACUCGUA